AUCGCCUACGAGCACGAUCGCCUCGUGCAGAUGCGCCACUACCUCACCGUCAAGGGCCUGCUCAGCCCAGAGCGGUCGUCCUGGAUGAAGCUCUGGAACGAGGCAGACGACGGCAAUCUGCUCAACGUUACCAGCCUCACCCGCUCUGCUUUCCUACGAUUGCUAGAGCAGUUUACACCAUUCUACAACAUCACUACCUACAGUCCUAGGGGUGGUCGACCCAAGAAACUCCGGCAUCAUCACCAGGUGUUGGGGCUACUCAUGGCGUUGUACGUGGGGUCUAUGGGACAGAAGGCACUCUGUAUUAUGUUCGGCGUCCCUCCUCCUACUCUCAGCCGCACUUUGAACGCCGCCGAGGACGCCAUGGCAGCGGCUCUCACUGGAUUCUAA